CAAAACUAAUAACACUUAGACUAACUAUGAUCCAUAGCGACACGAUACGGGAACGAGUGCCUUAAAACUGUUUUCACUUGUUCCAAAGCACAGACUCGGGAAACAUGGAGAGGACAAAAUUACAAGUAAUUUGUGUGGUUUUGGUGGCCACAUUUUCUCUGAGUGCAGGGUUGACAUGCAUAUCCUGUUCUUCCACAUUCAGCACUAACAGUGCGUGCCAGGAGCAACCCACGGCAAACACAACAACCAACUGCACCACUGGGUUUUGCAAGAAAAUUUUUGUCGAAACGGACACCCUCGGAAUCAAAACCAAAUCUUGGACAAGGGAAUGUGGAUCUUCCGGUGCCUCUGCUGGCUGCACCACAGGCUCUGUCUUAGGUGUUACCACCACCACUUGCCACUGCUCGACUGACAACUGUAACGGAGCCACCAGCACCAGCCCACUAGCCACUGUUCUUCUAGCUGUCAGCGCCUUUGUACCCGUCAUUCUUCAGUAUGGUCUGCACUAAUGUGGCCCAGCUAUCGCAUGAAAUCAAUUUGUGAUACAAAAAAAGGCAUUGAGAGACGAAACCUAUAUGUGUAACUUAAAAUCCUUAAAAAGAAGCACGGGCACUUCGAUCAAAACUAUGCAUCUUCUGCUUUUUUUUUUGUGUGUGUGUGGG